ACAAGUGCAGCUCCAACAACCACUACACCCGCUCCAACAACCACAUCCGCCGCACCAACAACCACAACCGCCGCACCAACAACCACAACUACUACUCCAACAUCAACAACCACCGCACCACAAACCACGACUGCCGCACCAACAACCACGACUGCAGCUCCAACAUCCACAACAGCCGCUCCAACAACCACGACUGCAGCUCCAACAACCACAACGACCGCACCAACAACAACGACUGCAGCUCCAACAACCACGACUGCAGCUACAACAACAACAACAGCCACGCCAACAACCACAACAGCCACACCAACAACCACGAGUGCAGCUCCAACAACCACUACACCCGCUCCAACAACCUCAACAACCGCUCCAACAACAACGACUGCAGCUACAACAACCACAACAGCCGCAUCAACAACCACGACUGCAGCUCCAACAGCAACGACUGCAGCUCCAACAACAACGACUGCAGCUCCAACAACCACAACUACAGCUCCAACAACAACGAUUGCAGCUCCAACAACCACUACACCCGCUCCAACAACCACAGCAGCCCCACCAACAACAACCACGACAGCUCCAACAACCACGACUGCUGCUCCAACAACGACUACACCCACUCCAACAACCACAACAGCUGUACCAUCAACCACAUUUACAACUCCAACUUCAACAACCACAGCACCAACAACCACGACUGCAGCUCCAACAACCACAACAGCCGCUCCAACAACCACUACACCCGCUCCCACAACCACUACACCCUCUCCAACAACCACGACUGAAGCUCCAACAACCACAACAGCCGCACCAACAACCACGACUGCACCUCCAACAACCACAACAGCCGCUCCAACAACCAGUACCCCUGCUCCAACAACCACUACACCCGCUCCAACAACCACGAGUGCAGCUCCAACAACCACAACCGCCGCACCAACAACCACAACUACUACUCCAACAUCAACAACCACCGCACCACAAACCACGACUGCAGCUCCAACAACCACGACUGCAGCUCCAACAUCCACAACAGCCGCUCCAACAACCACGACUGCAGCUCCAACAACCACAACUGCCGCACCAACAACCACGACUGCAGCUCCAACAACAACGACUCCAGCUCCAACAACCACUACACCCGCUCCAACAACCACAACAGGCGCACCAACAACCACGACUACUGCUCCAACAUCAACAACCACCGCACCAACAACCACGACUGCAGCUCCAACAACCACGACUGCAGCUCUAACAACCACAACAUCCGCUCCAACAGCCGCGCCAACAAGCACGACUGCAGCUCCAACAACCACAACAGCCACACCAACAACCACGACUGCAGCACCAACAACCACAACAACCGCACCAACAACCACGACUGCAGCUCCAACAACAACGACUGCAGCUCCAACAACCACUACACCCGCUCCAACAACCACAACAGGCGCACCAACAACCACGACUACUGCUCCAACAUCAACAACCACCGCACCAACAACCACGACUGCAGCUCCAACAACCACGACUGCAGCUCUAACAACCACAACACCCGCUCCAACAACCACGACUGCAGCUCCAACAACAACAACAGCCGCGCCAACAACCACGACUGCAGCUCCAACAACAACAGCCGCGCCAACAACCACGACUGCAGCUCCAACAGCCACACCAACAACCACGAGUGCAGCUCCAACAACCACAACAGCCGCUCCACCAGCCGCGCCAACAACCACGACUGCAGCUCCAACAGCCACACCAACAACCACGAGUGCAGCUCCAACAACCACAACAGCCGCUCCAACAGCCGCGCCAACAACCACGACUGCAGCUCCAACAACCACAACAGCCACACCAACAACCACAACAGGCGCACCAACAACCACGACUACUGCUCCAACAUCAACAACCACCGCACCAACAACCACGACUACAGCUCCAACAUCCACGACUGCAGCUCUAACAACCACAACACCCGCUCCAACAACCACGACUGCAGCUCCAACAACCACUACACCCACUCCAACAACCACAAAAGCCGCACCAACAACCACGACUGCAGCUCCAACAACCACGACUGCAGCUCCAACAACGACUACACGCACUCCAACAACCACAACAGUUUGCAGCUCCAACAACCACGAUUGCAGCUCCAACAACCACGACCGCAGCUCCAACAACCACAGCAGCCGCACCAACAACCACGACUGCAGCUCCAACAACCACAACAGCUGUACCAACAACCACAAUUACAACUCCAACUUCAACAACCACCGCACCAACAACCACGACUGCAGCUCCAACAACCACAACAGCUACUCGAACAACCACUACACCCGCUCCCACAACCACUACACCCUCUCCAACAACCACGACGGAAGCUCCAACAACCACAACAGCCGCACCAACAACCAUCUCCAACAACCACAACGACCGCACCAACAACCACGACUUCAGCUCCAACAACCAUGA